UUAGAAAACCCUUCUAUAAAAGACUACUCAAGAAUUUUCAACGAAGAACAAAUUUUUAUAUGCAUCUGCAGUCUCCUGGAUUCCCUUUCUCUCUGUCCUUCAUCAAGUUUUAGGAGCGCUCCAAGAUGGCUACCAAGUACAUCAUUGGUUCUAUCGCUGCAUCUUUUGCCGUUGCAUAUGUUUGUGACACUGUUAUUUCUGAUGGGAAAUUGUUUGGAGGUACUACUCCAAGCACCAUUACCAACACCGAUUGGUGGAAAGAAACAGAUAAGAAAUUCCAAGCAUGGCCUCGCACUGCUGGUCCCCCAGUAGUCAUGAACCCCAUCAGCCGACAGAAUUACAUUGUCAAGUCUUGAUUUACGCUGUUUUUUCCCCCGCCAGAUUACAUUUGACAUUGAACCAUUCUUCAGUUUUGAGCAAGGUUUUUUAUUCCUACGCUGGAUUCAGACGAUAUUGAAGUCAUUUUUCUCACUUAUAAGAAGAUUUGACAUAUGUUACAAACAAUCAAAACAGAUUUGACAUAUGUUACAAUAAAUUUUUUAUUCAGUUAGCGCGCCUGUGUACUGAACAAGCUGUUUCUUGUUCUGGCAAAUCUAUUUCAGUUCUUGGUUCUCUGCACUA